UUAUUUAACCCAAGUACACCAAUUCUAAAUUCUCUCACUCCUCCAUUGGUCGACCAUCAAUUUUGUUUUAAUUUCCUCUCUAUAAAAACCCCUAAGGGCUCACUACUUUUUGUACCCAACACUCCUUACACUACACUCUAUCUUAUAUACUCAAUUUUUUAAGGAAUGAAAAUGGUUGGCAAGAUAGUAUGCUUUAUGGUUCUGUGCAUGGUGGUGGUUGCACCUCAUGCUGAGGCAGUGACGUGCGACGAGAUUCAUGUUGGCGCGGUUGGUUGCCUCCCGUAUGUGCAGAAUCGUGGCCCUCUAGAAGGCUGUUGUGGCACAAUUGAAAGUCUGAUGAAACUUCUCAAAACGCCACAGGACCGUAAGAUUGCCGGCAGUUGCGUGAAAACGGCCCUUAAUACUAUAGAGGGUAUUGAUUUUGGCAAAGCAGCUGGUCUCCCUGGUAUUUGUGGCAUCAAUGUUCCUUUCAAAGGCAGCCCCUCCGUUGAUUGCUCCAAGGUUUUCAACAAAACCCAUCUCAAGGUUCAAGAAUUCAAGAUUUUGGAAAUCUUCUUCAAAGCUCAAGUCUUUAAUUCAAGUUUUGGAGCGACUAAGGUACUGAUAUACAGGGCGACACAUUUGCUGAGUAGGACAGCAUUCGUAUCAGCUUAUUGGUGAGCCCCAUCUCAUUCGGGGUUUAGUCAACUUUUGUUUUAUAAUUAGUUAUGCAUCUAAGGUAUGCUGGGGGCCUUGUCCCAGUAAGUAUGUUUUCCAGUCAGACUCAUGAUAGAGGUUUCAUAGACUAGACAAGUCAGUUAUGUUAUGUCAGACAUUCGAAGUCGUAUAGCCAUUUUGGCUCAUUUAUGUUAUUUUUGCACUCAUGUUUAAACAAGUAUUUUUAUUAAGUAUUAUGACUUACUACGUUUUAUAAA